AUCAAAAUUUAUGAUUCUUCCUUCCACACUUCAAGGAAAGGAAGGGGUAGCUGAGUCAUUUUACAAGAUUAAGUGUAUAUAAUCAAGGCUGCUACAGCUUCUCGAGUCAGCAGUCGGCUGUUACUGCAAAGAUGAACUCAACGCUCUGUUUGAAUCGACAAGGUCGCAAUUUUACUCAUAAUAGCUUUAAAAACCCAAAAUUUUUCGGAUCUAAGCAAUUUAAACUGCAAUUACCUUCUCAUUUCAUCAAGUUUUCAAAACUUAAAUGCUUCGGAAAUGUAAACUCGAGGAUCGGUGUGAGAGUUCCGCAUCAUCUUCGAGAUGACUCGGGUGAGUCGAGGAGGGUUCUAUCUCGUCGAAUUAGGUUUUCAUCCAAUGAUGCUCAGUUCGGUUCGUUGCCGAACAAAAGCGGGGCUGAGUCAUCGAGUUUCGCAGAGUUUAUCACGUCUGAGCGUGUUAAAGUGGUGGCGAUGCUGGCUUUAGCUCUGGCGCUUUGUAAUUCGGAUAGAGUCGUGAUGUCAGUGGCGAUUGUGCCGUUGUCGCUUGCUCAUGGUUGGAGCCGAUCGUUUUCCGGCAUUGUUCAGUCAUCUUUUCUGUGGGGAUACUUGAUUUCACCGAUAGCAGGAGGUGCAUUAGUGGACUAUUAUGGUGGUAAGGUUGUGAUGGCCUGGGGAGUGGCAUUGUGGUCAUUAGCUACAUUUCUUACACCAUGGGCUGCUGAAAAGUCUUUGUGGCCUUUGCUUUUUGCCAGAGCUAUGCUUGGUGUUGCAGAAGGUGUGGCUCUUCCUUGCAUGAACAACAUGGUAUCAAGAUGGUUUCCACCAACAGAACGUGCCAGGGCUGUUGGAAUUGCAAUGGCUGGAUUUCAGCUAGGAAAUGCAAUAGGACUCACAUUGUCCCCAAUUCUCAUGUCCCAAGGUGGCAUUUUUGGACCAUUUGUGAUCUUUGGACUGUGCGGGUUUCUUUGGGUUUUAGUAUGGUUAUCUGCAACAUCAAGUACUCCAGACCGAAGUCCCCAGAUAUCAAAAUAUGAAUUGGACUACAUAAUGAACAAGAGACAGAAAUCUCAGGCAGUGGGGAACAAUCCCGAGACCAAAAUAAUUCCUCCAUUCAGGAGAUUGCUUUCUAAAAUGCCAACAUGGUCCCUAAUUGUUGCAAAUGCCAUGCAUAGCUGGGGCUUUUUUGUUAUUCUUUCAUGGAUGCCUAUCUACUUUAACUCGGUUCAUCAUGUUGACCUCAGACAAGCAGCUUGGUUUAGUGCCGUUCCAUGGAGCAUGAUGGCAUUGACAGGAUACCUUGCUGGUUUAUGGUCAGACACAUUGAUACGGAAUGGUACCAGUAUUACUUUGACUCGCAAGAUCAUGCAGUCCAUUGGUUUUAUUGGCGCUGCGAUUGCUUUGAUUGGUUUAACUACAGCAAAAAGUCCAUCAACUGCAUCUGCUUGGCUAAGUGUAGCUGUUGGGCUGAAAGCAUUCAGUCACAGUGGUUUUCUUGUCAACCUUCAGGAGAUUGCUCCACAUUAUUCUGGUGUUUUACAUGGAUUGUCAAAUACUGCUGGAACAUUCGCUGCUAUUUUGGGAACAGUUGGAGCUGGUUUCUUUGUUGAAUUGGUAGGAUCAUUCCAAGGAUUUUUGUUGCUCACAUCAUUCUUAUAUUUUCUUGCGGCUCUUUUCUACAAUAUAUUUUCCUCAGGAGAGAGAGUCAACUUUGAUGAAAAUGUUUCAUGAACAAGUUUGGGGACUUCUCGUCAUAUACUUUAGUUGAUGAUGGAGUGUGGAGUCAUCUACUGCAACAAGAUGAUCAAAAUUGUUGAGUCAUAGAAAACUUUGAGCAGUAGAUCCUGUAAAAAGAAAUAAUCCUCCUGCUAAUUUCCUGUAUAAAGCUGAAGAAAUGUACAGUACGUGAUUUUUACUGUCCGAGUGUUUGGUGAAUCUGAUUUUCCCGUGCAUUCAAGGUUUAACUCAAAAUAUAAAAUCUUGAAGGGAAGUGAUAAAUGCUGUUGACCUGGUUUUAUUCAGUCAUGUAUAUGUAUCUUUCUGCUAAAGAUGGGAUUGACAUCGCAUUGUAUUUA